UCAGGUUAGAGUUACUCACUUCACAGUGGAGACACUCAAACAGAUAUCUGAGAGGACAGAAAACAACUUAUCAGUCACAUCGAAGGCCAUUGAAACCAGUUGCCAGAGGUGAAGUCAUGGGGUUCCAGAGGGCUUUCCUGCUCCUGGUGUUGCUGUGUGCCACAGUGAUGGUACACGGUCAACCGGCCAACAUUAGCCCUCGUUAUCAACACUUUCUCCGACAGCACGUCAAGGGGGAUAUGACGAUUCAGAAGUGUCAGGGUGUGAUGGGCUACUUGAAGUUGACCGAGCCUGAUAGCGAAAAUUGCAAAAUGAAAAACACCUUCAUUAAAGCCAAUUCAAAUCAGGUCAGGGCCAUUUGUACUGGUGGUGGAACACCUAGGGAAAACGGUCUGGUUGAAAGCAAUAAUCCCUUCCCUGUAGUCAUAUGUAAACACAAGUGUCCAAAGAAAACGCUAUGUCAACACACACAUCCCAGAUGUGAAUAUGAGGGUUCUUCGUCCACCAGGAAAGUUGUCAUUGCUUGUGAACGAGAAUGGCCAGUGCACUAUGGCGACGAUAUUCUUCUUGUCUAAUUUAGCUGAUUGCUAUGAAGUGGUUCUCUGAAAUAACUAAUAAUAAUAAUUUGCCACCUGAA